UUAAAUCUCAAAUGAAUAGAAAUAAAAAUGAAUAUUAAAUCACAAAACUAUAAUAACCUUGUGUGCAACACACACAUACUUUCAUGUUCACAGCAAACACAUUUCACUCAGAUCCAUGUCUCAUUCACCCAUUCAUGUUCACUACAGGUGAGACAGAAGAUGCUGAAUGCUGCCACCCGUGACACAGUGAAGAAGGAGUUUGGUGGUGGUCAUGUGAAGGAUGAGAUGUUUGGCACAGAGGAGGAGGACAUCUGUCUGAAGGGGUAUCAGCGACAUAUGUCCACCAGCUCCGGCCCUGCCCCACUCACAGCUGCUGAACAGGAGUUGCAGAGAAUUAAAAUCAACGAGGUGAAAACAAAGACCAGUGUAGAGAGUAAGAGCCAAACACUGCAGGGCCUUGCUUUCCCACUGCAGGAGGAUGCCAAACGGGUUCUACAACAACUUGCACAGAAACACAUCAACUACAUUCAGCUGUGUUCAUCUACUCCAUGCCAGGUUACAGCUGUAGCAUUAAAGAGCAGAUGCUGUACUCCAGUUGUAAGAGUUGACUGCUGGAUGAGGUGGAGAAAGAUUACCAUCUGGAGGUUGCGAAGAAGAUGGAAAUUGACAAUGGGGAUGAAUUGACAGAGGAGUUCCUGUAUGAUGUGGUUCAUCCUAAGCAGCAUGCCUUCCAGCAGGCCUUCGCCAAACCUUGUGGCUCAGCAGGGAAGAAAGGCAGUAAGCACCUCAUCAAGGGUCAUCCCCAGCCCUGCCCUCAAUCCUCAUCCUCCUGUUGCCACGCCAUCUGGCAGCUUGUUUGGCCACAAGGAAGGAAAAGGAGAAGAACAUGGACAGAUUUAUCCUGUCAUUUUUAUUUUGACCUCCCUUUGCUUGUCAUUACGUUCCCCAGUUUCUGUGUUGUUGUGGGUUUGUAUGUGUAUGUGUGUAUUUCAGGAAAUGGAAUCUUGGAUUCCUCAAGCAGCUGAUUGGUCUGCUGCUUGAGGAAGUGUGUGUUUUUAGCUUAGUGUUUUUGGUUAUUGAAAUUGUUCUCUAAGUAUUAGUAACUGUUCUGUUUCAUUUGUUCCCGGGGGAGAAGGGGAACGCACCUUGGGAGUGUUUAGGCAAGAGGCCUGCGGGCACACAUAACCCGUAGUAUUUAAUCUGUCUAUGCACACUAGGUAAUACCCCUGGUAUUUUGGUUAGCGAGCCAGUUGGUGCUAAAGGUUAGGUAAGUAGUGGGAAGGUAGGAGAGGGGACUCUUUAACUUACUUUCUUUGCUUUGGUUCCGUCCAGCCCCUUUUCCCCCACCUUACCGUGUUUUAAGGAAUAAUCAAUUCCCUGUAACGGUAUUUUUCUCUGCCUCGGUCUUUCCCCGCACCUACUAACGCACUUUUUUUUCACUCCUCCAAGGGGCAUACGUCAGGCAUACGUCUCUCACACACACACACACACACACACACACACACACACACACACACACACACACACACACACACACACACACACACACACACACACACACACACACACACACACACACACACACACACACACACACACACACACACACAGACAGAUGGACUGACAAACAUGAAAGACCAAUGGAUGGUCUUACAGAUAGAUGCCUCAGCCAAAUUUCUCUAUUGCAAAUGUCACAUAGAUCUGCAGAAGAAGCCUGUCCAUCUGAUGUGUUGUCCAUAGGUUUAAAAAUAAUAAAAAAUUCAGGUAACUUUCCCCAAAUUCCUAGUUUUUCCCCCUGAAAAUCCUGGUUUAGAGGCUUCCUGGAUUUCCUGCUUAUUCCCCCGUGACUCCAGGAAUCUUCCAACAAGUUUUUCUGGAAAACCAGGGCAUUUGUGGAAUAUUACUGGAAUUUUGCAACCCUAGUUAUCCAUACCUUGACUGUUGUCACUAAAUGUUUUGCAUCAAACAUGUUUGUAAAAACAGAUGAUAAUGAGAGGAAUUCUAAAUUAAAUGUAGAUGUUUUUCAGUA